UCUUUUUCUUACUUGGAGCAAUGCAAAAGCUUCUUGUCAUCACCCUUCUCGCUGCCCUCAUCGCCACCGCUGCCGGCGCCAGCAUCAAGCUCCGCAAGUUCGAGAGCGCCCGCCGCUCCCUUGCCAACGUCGGCAACUUCAUCGAGUCCCGCUACCUCGGUGUCGGUGCCAUCGAGCCCCAGCACAACUACCAAGACGCCCAAUACUACGGUGACAUCACCAUCGGCACCCCCGGCCAAAAGUUCACCGUUGUCUUCGACACUGGCUCUGCCAACCUCUGGGUCCCCUCCAAGAAGUGCCCCGUCACCGACAUUGCCUGCCAGCUCCACAACAAGUACGACUCGACCAAGUCGUCCACCUACAAGGUCAACGGCACCAGCUUCGCCAUCCAGUAUGGCUCUGGCAAGCUCUCUGGCUUCCUCUCGACCGACUCUGUUAGCUUUGCCGGCCUGACCGUCACUGGCCAGACCUUCGCUGAGGCCACCGCUGAGCCCGGCCUCUCCUUUGUUGCUGCCAAGUUCGACGGCAUCCUCGGCCUCGGCUUCCCCCAGAUUGCUGUUGACGGCGUCACCCCCGUCUGGAACAACGCCAUCCUCCAGGGCGUUGCCGCUGCUCCCCUUUUCGGCUUCUGGCUCAACCGCGACCCCACUGCCGCCGAUGGUGGUGAGAUUGACUUUGGCGCCAUCGACGACAGCCACUACACUGGCCCCAUCCUCUACACCCCCGUCACCCGCCAGGGCUACUGGCAGUUUGCUCUUGGCGCUGUCACCGUCAGCGGCAAGAACUACUGCGCUUCCGGCUGCCAGGCCAUCGCUGACUCUGGCACGUCCCUCCUUGUCGGCCCCACCGAUGCCGUCACCGCCAUCGCUGCCGCUGCUGGUGCCACCAAGAACAUUGCUGGCGAGUACACCCUCGACUGCUCCAAGAUUGCCUCGCUCCCCAACCUCGUCUUCACCAUCUCUGGCCAGCAGUUCGCCCUUACUGGCGCUGACUACGUCCUCAAGAUCACCUCCGGCUCCACCACCGAGUGCCUGCUCGGCCUGAUGUCGAUGGAUCUCUCUGCUGAGGGCAUCCAGUGGAUUCUUGGCGAUGUCUUCAUUGGCAAGUUCUACACUGUCUUCGACUUCAACGGCAACGCCCCCCGCGUCGGCUUCGCCACUGCCCGUUAAAGCCCUCCCAUUAUAGUUUAAUUGUCUUUGAUUUUUGUGUGCAUGAACAAAACAAUUGUGCCAAGCGCAAAAAAUAAGACAGCUUUCUCAUGACA